GCAGGCGCAGCAGACUUAAGUCUGUCGUGGAGGCGGGGCAGCCUCACCGUGGUGCGGCGCCUGCGUAGUAGCACACGCGAGCCCUCCGGGCCCUCGGCGGUCGCUAUGGAGCGCUACGCGGGAGGCUACGAGGAGGCGGCGGACGGCGCCCGGCAGCAAGAGCGACACUACCAGCUGCUGUCGGCGCUGCAGGGACUCGUCAAGGAGCUGCCCAGUUCUUUCCAGCAGCGACUGUCCCACACCACCCUCAGCGACCUGGCCCUGGUGCUGAUCGACGGCACCGUUUUUGAGAUCGUUCAGGGGCUGCUGGAGAUUCAGCAUCUCACGGAGAAAAGCCUUUACAACCAGCGGCUCAAGCUGCAGAGUGAACACCGAGUGCUCAAGCAGACCCUGCUGAACAAGCACAAGGAGGCCCAGCAGGCCUGCCGGCCCCACAACCUGCCCAUCCUGCGGGCGGCCCAGCAGCGCGAGCAGGAGGCUAUGGAGCAUCGCAUCCGGGAGGAGCAGCGGAUGAUGGAUGAGAAAAUUGUCCUGGAACUGGAUCAGAAAGUGGUGGAUCAGCAGAGCACCCUGGAAAAGGCGGGCGUCACGGGCUUCUACGUCACCACCAACCCCCAGGAGCUGACUCUGCAGAUGAACUUGUUGGAGCUGAUCCGGAAGUUGCAGCAGCGGGGAUACCAGCCCGGGAAGCCAUUCCCCUGAGGGCUGCCCCCAGCCGAGACUGUUCGGAUGGAGGCCUUGUCUUUCCGGGGUGGGCGACUUCCUGUGGCAAGACCACCUGUGGGGGGGGGGGUGUCUCCAAUUAAAAUCUGAACUUGAAGGGAGACACCCCCCGGUGACGUCUUUCUGUGGCCAUCAUCUCGGAAGGAGCGUCUGGGCCCCUUUGUGGCCCUGGCAGCGAGGGGGCAGCUCCCAUCGUGGCUCGCCUGCGGCCUCUGGGACCCCGGGACCCCACACGCCACGGGUCGACGUCGCUUUGAUUGCUGGCCAGGCUCUUGUGAUUUUCAUUGUCCACGGGAGAACCGGCAUUAGUGAGGGUGACCUGGGUGUGGGGCCCUCUGCCCUGGGCCAGACCACUGGGGUACCCCCCCCCCCCCCCCCGACCGUGAAGUGAGAGCUGACUGGGUGGGCUGCACGGAGUGGGGCUCUGCCUCAAACACCUUGUGAGGAUGCCCACGGGGGGAUUGCUCUUUUUCUUGAGGGGGAAACUGAGGCUUGCGUGAAAUGGCUCUUCCCAGAGUCACACAGUCAUAGCCUGGCAAGGAAGGGUGGCCCUGGCCAGGGACACAGGUGCUUCUCCCCUCCCCCAGCCUCCCCCAUCCCCAUUCCCCCUUGUGAUCCGGCUGGGCGGCCUCUUCUGCUUACAUGAGGCCAUCGGCCCGGCCCUGGGGGUCCCCACUUUAUAGCCAAGGCCCCCAGUAUCUCUGACCUAGGAGUUGGUCCUGGGAACAUCCAUCAGUCAUUGGCCCCUUAACUCCAGGACCCCAGAUUUUGGGGGAAAGGACCCAGUCCUGGGGCUCAGGCCCCUGCUGGGCCCCGGGCCUCCUAGAGCGGGCGUUCUGUCGGUCACCUUGUGUCACUUCCAAACAUUUAUGAAUGUAGCCAUCAGCAAGACUCGACUGCUUUGACUCCAUUGUUGCCGGUGGCGCGGCUUCUUAUUAAAUGGUGACGCCUUUUGGUUCUUAA